AUGGCCCCUCCUACUCCCACCUCUAACCCUUUCGCCGCCAUGAGGAACUUUGGUGGUAUGGUGUCGUCUGCUCUUUCCUUCGGCGACAGAUCUCGCCAAGUCUCCUCCCUCGGCCUCGGCACCCUCUCUUUGGGGGAGCCGUCUGGCGAUGUCCCGCCUCCUCGCUCCGCUUCUCCUCCCGCCGGUCCUCCCGCUGGUUCUCCCUCUGCUUCUCCUCCUCCUGGUCCUCGCUCUGCUUCCCCUCCUGCCGCCAGUCCUCGCCGCAGGACGCCCGCCUUUCGUCCUGACUUCGAAGGAAAAGGGGGUGAUUAUAGUGAUGAGGAUGAUAGAAUCGUGUCGGAGGGUGAAACCGAGUUAGAGGAACACUCGGAUGAUGAUAUGGUGGCGGUUAGUGUAGAGGACAACAACGUAGAUAGUCCUGAGCCCGGUCCUGCCCCUCCCCCUGCUCAAAUUGUGGGCCAGAAACGACGCCGUUCCCUCUCUUCUUCUUCUUCUUCCUCUUCUUCUUCUUCCUCUUCUUCUUCCUCUUCCGGGGUUCUCCCCCCCCCCAACGCCAUCGCCGCUGCCGCCGCUGCCGCCGCUGCUGCCGCCGCCGCCGCCGGUCCUGCUGCCGCCGUCCCCGUCGCUGCUCCCCCCCCUUCUCCCAGAGGGGAGCCUUCGCCCAAACGGGUGAAGAGAUCACUGCGGGAAGAAGAGUACUUGUGGGAGAAGAUGAAGUCCGAGCCUGGUCGUUGGAUCGCGGUUGGUGUUGACGAAGCGUGUGAUCGUUGCCGACUCAGGCCACACAACAAGGCCCUCCGUUGUGCUUCAUGCACGUCUGGCCCCUGCUCCUUCUGUCCCGUUUCCUCUGCCCGGGACAUCCCGCCCCGUCCCUUCGACGCUUCUCCUCUCCCCCCUCCCCAGACUCCAGCGUCUGUCCCCCGUUCGCGGGUACCGUCUUCGUCUCUCCGGUCGGUUCGCCGUACUUCGCCGGACCUCCGCCCGUCGCCUCCGUCGCCGUCGCCCUUCGCUCCUGUGGCCGGCCCAUCACGUCUCCCGGCUGUUCCUCCUUCGUCUUCUCGCCGUCCUUCGGCCUCUGCUCCUUCGGCCUCCCGUCCUUCGGCCCCUCGUCCGUCCUCUCCUGUGGUGGCUUCUCCUCCGGCCCACAGCACCCGAAGUCGCCGUCCUUCUGCUCCUCCGGCCGCUUCGGCGGCCCCUCCCGUCACCCCUCCCUCUGCUUCCCAGAAGACACCGAAGUCUUCUUUAAAGAAAUCAAAAGGGAAAUCUAAAGAGAAGGAGGUUGCCUUCAAUGAUGGUGAUGUGGAAGGUGAAGAUACUCAGCGUGCUGGUCCCUCUGCUCCCCGGUUGUCCCUCGUCCACCCUCGUAUCUCCCUGGACGUCCGUAUUCCUGAGGACGAAAAGGAAUUCGCCACUUAUCGUUCUCUCGUCCUCGGUCUCACUACUCAGCUUGAGGCCGCCCGAAAUGAUACAUCUCUCCUGCUUGACUUCUCUUCUCGUCAAGCUAACGCUUUAAACAAUCUUACUGCGGCGUUAGUAGAUGUAGUCAACACUGGGGCUCUGGACGACGAAGCAAGGACAAGGUUAGCGGACGUCUCUCGCCGAAGCCUUACUGAGAUAGCCGAUGUUCGCCGAAGACUGUUCGACACCCCCUUCCUAGUCACUCCUAUGGCGUAUGAGCCACCACCGUCCCUUGACUGGUUAGGUCGCCGUAGUAGUUCUCGUGUCCCAGCUUCCGCCCAGACUGCUCUCGACCUCCUCAGUCUUCCCUUCGAGUGUCUACGGACCAUACGUUCUCUGUGGAGGACUCCGAGCAUGCAAGCUGCUCGAGAUGUCCAGGACUUCGGUGACUUCUUUGGGGCUAUGAAUCGGGCAUGGAAUGCUUCUCUCUCUACUGCGUUCCCGUCUGAGACUCUCGAUCUACCUUCGGUCAUCGGUAGCCUCCACACCAAUCCCGCGGGACCGAGUAGAUCGAAGGAGAAAGGAAAAGGAAAAGGUAAGGGUAAGAGUAAGGACAAGUGA